AUGUCUGCCAUAGACCCCACCGACUUCGUGCAAGUCGAAGGCGACCACGCGUCGCUCAAAUUCGGCGACCCAAGACAGCAGGCCAAGUUCGAGCUCGGCGUGUGCAUGGCCAUCUACCGCUGGGAAGAGUUGGCCACGGCCGUGGAAAACUCGUGGGGAGGCCCCAACUCCGCCGACAAGCGAGACUGGGUGUCCGGCGUGGUCAUCGACUUGUUCAACGAGAGAGCCGUGGACUUGGUCUUGAUCGAGGAGACGCUCUUGUACGCCAUGGUGGACGAGUUUGACACCGAGGUGGACAACGACUCGGCGCUCAUCAUCAGCGACCUCGUGCUCAAGAUCUACAGAGAAUGCGCCAUGCAGAACUACGCCCGCGUCGACGACUUGUAUGCGAGGUUCCAGCUCAAACAGCAGUCCGGCGCCCACACCAACAGCGUGGUUGUUGCCGAGGACCCCAACAACCCCGACGGCUCGAGCGAUGACGACGACGACAACAUCAAUGAGGACGACGGGCCGCGCGCCGCACCGGUGCCCGUAGAAGACGAUGGCAUGGACAUAGACCACGGCCCAAGACAGCCCAUUAUCGACGACGAUGGGUUUGAGCUCGUGCAGAGAAGAGGCCGCAGACGGUAG